AUGGCGACUUUCGUCCCUGACGAGCUCAUCUACGAGCCGGACCUGACGAAAAAAGAUUUCCGCAAGUUCAACGCGGUUUUAGCCUUGAUCGACGUCUCCCGAUUCUUCGACCUCUACGAGAAACAUUACAGCGCGGAAAACGGCGGCAGUUUCGCUUUGAUCACCCUGCUGAACAGUUACAUUAGCGUCGUCGUCGAGGAAGUGUACUAUACUAAAGGGGACGUGUUGAAAUUCUCGCGUACGAGUUCCGAAUUGAGUUCUGAACGUAGCGGACUGCUGGUAAUGUGGAAGGUGAACAACAACGACUUCUUCUCCAAGAUGGUGCACAGCGUAAUUUUGAAUGGGCAGAAGAUCCUGGCGAGUAUCGCGAUGGUGAAGAGCAAAAUCGCCGCGCCAAAAGCGGACAUCGCGAUCUCGGCGGGUGAAUUGAUCUUCUCCGUGAUCGGCGACGACAACUCGAGGCAUUUCGUGAUCAGCGGAAUGCCAAUCGAGGAUUUGAAGCAUGCGAGGAGAAUCUGUCUUCCAGGGGACCUAGUGCUGUCCUCCAGCGCCUGGAAGCAUUGCGCGCCGAGUCAGUACGAGUACGUCAUCAAGGACUCCAGUAACAUCAAGAUCAUCAAGGUUCUUGGUCCACCGACCGAAGCAGAGAACCAACAGUCCACGUUCUCACCUCCCAGACCAUCAGAAGGGAAUCCAUCCAUCGAUCACGAGAUGAAUCCAGACAUCAUCUCGACGGUCUCCGAUAUUUCUUUGGUUUCCGAAUUCGACUUGAUGCCCUUCCGAGCGAGAGUUUCCACGUUCGAAGCGUUGAAACGACGUCUCGGCGUUUUCCUGGAAACUUACAUGAUGGCGUCGGUGUUGGACCAGAUCGUCAAGGAUCGGCCGCUGGAGUACCUGACGGAAGUGAAGCGAGUGACGGUCGUUUCCAUCAACGUGUUACCGAGCAAGUGUUCCGACUACGAGCUGAUCUCGAUGGUCGACCAGCUCUACAACCUUCUCCAAAAGUACAACAAUGAUUAUCCUAAUUCCAUAGUUCAACGAUAUUCCGGGCACGUCAGCGUAAGUAACGUCUACGACAAGGAUAUUCUGUUUUGCGUCCUGUACGGAAUCAAGGGGUACGACAGCAGGCUGAAAGACAUGAACAGGGCGAAACGCGGUGUUUUGUCCGCGCUGGAGAUCAUGGAUGAGAUGAAACGCGUCAGCGGAGUUAAAACUGUCUUCAUAGGCAUCUCGACUGGUAUGGCAUUUUGUGGGGUGAUCGGCCACACUGUCAGGAGGCAGUACAUGAUUUUCGGCACGCCUGUCGACAAAGCAGCGUCGCUGAUGUCGAUUUCUUAUGGAAAAAUGUCCUGCGACUAUGACACCAUCUUCUAUAGUCACAUGAGCAAAGAGAAGUUUCGUUCGAGAGGCAUGAAGACGUUGCAGGGAUUUGGAAAGUUUCAUGUUUACGAAGUGCUCGACACCUAUCCGUAUGUCCUUUCCGGGAUGACAGAGAGGCCCUUGAACGUCGAGUACACGUAUCCCAUACUCGGACGAGUUCAAGAAGUGGAAUACUUCAAGGACAUCCUGGACGAAAUCGGGGUGCCAGGACGAACAUAUUCGGGGUUACUUAUCGAGGGUAACGAGAGAUCGGGCAAGUCGCGACUCUUGGAUGCGUUCGUCACGGUAGUUAGAAACAGGCAAAUCAAGUUGGUUACGGUUCCGUUGCACUUAUCUCACGUGGAGAAAGAGUACGCGGUGCUAUACGAAAUACUCCUUCAAUUAUUCGACACUGUGGACUGUACGACGAUCAACGAUCGCGAGAGGAUUUUAUUGAACAAAUUGACCACCGUCCUAUCCCCAAAUGAUUUCUGCUACCUGAACGUCAUCAUGAGAGUUCAGUUUCCCCAUUCGGAGGAGUACUGCAGAGACAGCGACUGGAAGCGUCACAAGAAGACCGUCAUGAUCUUCCAAGCUAUAUUAAGCAAGGUAGUUGGGAACGUCUGCAUUCUGUUGGACGACGUGCAGCACAUGGACGUCCUGUCUUGGCAGUUUCUGUCCGCCGCACUGGAGAGGGACAACAUCGUCCUGGCGAUGACACUCUUGGAGCCAGUGUCCUGGGACAACCUGUCACCGGUGGAGGCGGGAAUCUGCGAGGACAAGAGGCUGAUGAACAGAUCCCUGGUUGGACUGAACUCUGAGUACUUGGCGGCCUUUGCUUGCCAGUUCUUGAACGUGUUCGCGAUACCUAGUAGCCUCGAGAUAAUACUUAAGAAAUGCAGCAAGAACGCCAUCAGCUGGUGCGAAGCGUUCCUGAUGUCCGCCUUGCAAACAGAGGCUCUAACUUUCAUCACUCUGUCGCCGUUAGAGGUGCAACACUACAAGCUUGUUUUCCCCGACUCUUCUCUUCUGGCGAAGAUACCAGCGGACAUGACGCCCGAAGAUGUGGCACCACCUAUGCACUGGUCGCAGAUGAGCGCGAUAUACGUGUGCAUCCCCUCUGGGAGGCUGUUGAGCUUCCUCGAGACCGAUCGGGACGUUACAGGUUUGAGGAUCGACAUCUACAACAGAAUGAACUCCUACGAGCAAGACUUCAUAAAGUGCGCGGCGACGUUGGGUGGAGUUUUCCUGCGCAGCAUGCUCGAGACUGUGAUGACCAAUUCAGCGCCGCUGUACACCGCCAAAGGAAAGUCAGCCGUGGCAGAAAUGAUAAAGCUGCGGAUCCUAGAGUGUGGCAUGAUCCAGAGGAAACACUUUCAUAUGGACGAGUCGAUGUUUUACCUGUUCAAGAAGCGGCGAACCUUCAGCAACAUGCACCACUCGGAGGUGUGCGACUGUCGACCUACCCGCACAUUCGGCAUUAGAUCCUUGCCAUUGAACGCGCACUGCAAAGUACUGGAAUUCACGAUAGGAUCUUAUCGAAAGCUCUUGUACGACAUCCUACCGCCACACGAGAAGAAGGAGUAUCACGCGAAGGCCGCGAACAUCCUCCAGCGGAACGCCAGGAAGUGCAGCACUUGCGGUGGCGGCAAGUUCCUGGCGAUUUUUUCGAAAGAAGAUACGAUAUCGCCCAGCGUCGAACCGAUGUCGUCGAUGAUGUUAUCGAUGCAGAGAAGACUGACGACGCUUCAGAGUCGAAGCGACAUAUGGGAGUCCAGGCGAAGUAUUUUUCAACCUGACGACAACGAUGCAUUAAAAAGACGAGAAAGCGUGAACAUCCGCAAGAUAUCCAUUCUGCCUGCCAUCACAGACAGCGUCGAAGGGGUCACUUUCGAGCCCGGAAAGCCAACUUUCUCGAGUUCGGAGCCAACGAUAGACGUCUCCUGGGAAGGCCAAUUGAGGCAGUUCAACCACAUAGACUACCGCAACUGUCGCUGCAGCAACGCUAUAAACUAUCUCUUCUGGAAUCUUCACUGUCACAUUUCGAGCGCAAUGGACGUCGAGAGGUUGAUAAAGUCCAUGUUCGAGUACACUGCUGGCUUGAUCGAGACCGCACAGUUCGCUUUCGCCAUAAAAUUCCUCGCUACCAACAGCGCUGACAUCGAGAUCAUAAAGAUCAAGGAGCACAUGAUGACGAACACCUCGGAUACAAACAUUACCAAAGGAAAUACCUUCAUUUUAAUGGGUGACGCUUACAUGGAGUACGGGUAUUACUCGCAGGCGAAGAAGUAUUACAUGGAGGCAGCAGCGUUGCGAAAUCUCCCUCUCCAAACUUACAAGGAAGUUUGUUACAGCACGAUCCUGGAGAGAUUGCGAUACAUGCUGGCAGGUUUCUCCAGUUACGUUGCGAAUCGAAGGUCUAGCCAAUCGGUGAUCGAGACGUUGGAAACGUCCGUGUACAUGGAGCGAUUGUCCACGGUUUUGAUGCUGGAGGAGGAGCCGAAAAGGGCGAGGCUGAUAGUUCUGCAGAGUCUCAGAUCCGUCUUCAAGUGCGUGGGAGGAUUCCUGGAGAAGGGUAGGAUCUACAUUACGGCUGUGGAAAUUUUUCGGUGUUACGGAUAUCACGACUUGUUAUACUCUCUGGAGAAGCCAAUGAUGGUUGCCAUUGAAACGAAAACUAAUUGGAACUCUGUGGAGGAGAUGACCUUGCUAGCAGAUGUGUAUCAAAGGCUGUUCGAGAACAGGUGAUAUGAUACGGUUGUAUUCGUCCUGUAUAGUACUGUGGGGUUGAGUGCCUGUAGAGGGAGAGCGAGAGAGAAGAGAAAAGGAAGGGAGCGUUUCUAAGGACGGGAUCUAGCAGACCCCGUGCCUUAGACGUCGGGAUAUUUGGAGUUCGAUCGGGAAGGGCUUAUAUAGAAAAGUUUGGAGGAACCGAGUGCUUGUGGGAAACGUGCGGACCGCACGGUUUCCCUCUCAUGGUGAGGAGCGGAGGUGCCACCACAGUACAAUCCUUUUUACUAUUGAAAACUAUUCUUGGUAAUGUAUCUGUUAACAAAAGACUGCUGAGAGGUGAUUUGGUCGGGUCCG